AUGGCCUCAAGAUUGUGCUGCGCGUGCAACGAGAAGCGAGCACAGAUUCUCCGACCAAAGAACCACGAUAGACUAUGCGCCACCUGUUUCACCGCCGUCUUUGAGAAAGAAGUCGCCGAGGCGGUCGAAUCAACGAAUCUUUUCUACCCUGGAGAACGUGUGGCCAUCGGUGCCAGUGGAGGAAAAGAUUCAUGCGUGUUGGCUGCAGUGCUCAAGACGCUGAAUGAGAGGCAAAAAUGGGGACUCGAUCUGAUCUUGCUGUCGGUGGACGAAGGAAUCAAAGGAUACCGCGAUCACAGUUUGGAUGCCGUCAGACGCAAUGCCGACUUCCUCCAGCUACCACUGAAGAUUGUCAGCUAUGAAGAGCUUUACGGCUGGAGCAUGGAUCAGGUGGUGGCACAGAUUGGCAAGAAGGGAAACUGCACAUACUGCGGUGUUUUCCGAAGACAGGCACUGGACAGAGGAGCCGCUCAGCUGGGAGUCAAGCACGUCGUCACCGGGCACAACGCAGAUGAUGUGGCAGAGACAGUGCUCAUGAACCUGCUGCGUGGUGACCUGCCACGACUGAGCAGAUCUACCAGCAUCGUUACCGAUAACAAGGCUGGCAGCACCGAGCCAGAAGCAGCGGCCGAGAACGGAGAAGUCGCAAUCACCAACGUCAAGCGUUCCAAGCCGCUCAUGUACGCCUACGAGAAAGAGAUUGUACUAUACGCCCAUCACAACAAGCUCGACUACUUCUCGACCGAAUGUCUCUAUUCGCCAGAAGCCUUCCGCGGAAGUGCACGCACACUUAUCAAAAACCUCGAACGUAUACGACCGGAGAGCAUCUUGGAUGUCGUACGAAGCGGCAUCGAUAUGGCCAUGCUAGUACCAGACGCCGACGGUCGCUGCAAAGGAGCAUGUGGCUCCAGUCAAGCGCAACCUCAACCCGGAACCGUCAGCAUGCGUCCAGAUGAGGAAGAUGACGGCAAUGGUGGUUGCGGCAGUGGGAAUGGAAGAGGUACAGGAGGCGAGAUGGGAGACAUGGAGAAAGAGCUACAGGAAAAUGACAAGGCUGAGGAGGACGGUGCAGAGACAGAGAUCAAGCUCCCGAGCAAGAAGCAGACCACCGUACCACUACGACCGAGGAAAACAAAGGGACCUACACCACCAGCAGCUUCAAAGCAGACACUUGGAAAGUGCGAGCGUUGUGGAUACAUGUCUUCGCAGGCUAUCUGCAAGGCUUGUAUGCUACUCGAAGGUCUGAAUAAGAACAGACCGAAGACUGCUAUUACGGUCGAUGGUUGA